AGCAAAAGCCCUGAAAAAGCUCUGGUUUUGUUUGCCGUUCGGUCCAAUUUAGGGUUUAUCGACGCUCAAGCCCAUUAACUUCUCCUCCCUCCAAACCCCUGCUUCUCUACUCUGCAAUUUUCCCUUAAACCCUAAUAAAACUCGGAACAAUCCUUUGAUUUACACUAUGAAUGAUAUAAUUGAAAAUGGCAUCAUCGAUGUCAAUUGUAAUGGUAAUGUUUAUGGUAAUGGUAAUGUUUAUGGAAAUGGUAAUGGCAUCAUGAAUGGUGGUAUCAUCGUUGCAGAAAAUGAUAAUGAUGUAGUAAUUCCUGAAGUGCCGCCUAAUAAGCGUAGGAGAAAGAAGUCUAUAGUUUGGGAAUACUUCACUACUGAAAAUGUUAGCCCUGAUUGUACUAAGGCUUGCUGUAAACAGUGCAACAGGUCAUUUGCUUACAUUACUGGUAAAAAGCAAGCAGGUACCAGCCACCUCAAGAGACACAUAUUAGGUAUAUGUCCUGUAAACCGUCCCAAACAGGAGAAGAAUCAACAACUUACUCCCUACACACCUCGCUCCCAAAAUGGCACGCUUACUGCUCCUCCAAGAAAGCGCUGCAGAGCAUCCCCUGGAUCAGUAACCAUUGCCUUAGACCAAGAACGCUGCAUUCACGAGAUAGCUAGAAUGAUUAUACUUCACGAUUACCCAACAAAUAUGGUGGAACAUCCUGGUUUCAUUGACUUUACCCGGAUUCUUCAACCUCACUUCUCUAUGGUUAGUUUCGACUCAGUUCAUAGUGAGAUAGUGUCUAUCUAUACUAGAGAGAAGAAGUUACUUGCAGAUAUUCUUGCUGAAAUUCCUGGGCGUGUCAGUCUGACUAUGGAUUUCUGGACAUCAGACCAAACAGUGGGUUAUGCUAUUCUGACAGGGCAGUUCAUUGAUGCGGAUUGGAGGUUGAAUAGUCGCGUCCUUAAAUUUGUUCUAGUUCCAUUCCCAGACUCUCAGGUUGCUUUCAAUCACGCUGUUGUUUCAUGCCUGUCUGAAUGGGGGUUGGGAAGUAAGUUAUUUGCGCUUGCUGUUGAUCAGUCUUUUGCAAAUGAAGCUGUUAUCGGGAAUCUUAGGGGCCUGCUUUCUUUAAAGAAUUCUGAUAUGUUAAAUGGUCAACUUUUAGUUGCGAAUUGCUAUGCCCGUGCCGUGAGCCGUAUGGCACUAGCAGCACUAGAGGCAACAAGAGAAGCUGUUGCCAAGGUUCGUGACAGUGUGAAGUAUGUGAAAGUUUCGGCAUCUCGCGAAGAGAACUUCAAUAAGCUCAGACUACAACUUCAAAACCCCUGCACAGAGAGUUUAGUCAUUGAUAAUCGACGGAUGUGGAAUUCAACCUACCAGAUGCUGUCAAUAGCAUUAGAGUUGAAGGAAGUUUUUUCUUGUCUAGAUGCUUGUGAUCCCAAUUAUGAGCAAGCUCUCUCAAUGGAUGAUUGGAAGUGUAUAGAGGUCCUUUGUGUUUACUUGAAACUUUUCUCUGAUGCCGUUGACAUUCUUACAACUGAAAACUAUCCUACAGCCAAUGUGUUUUUUCAUGAUGCUUUUAAACUUCAGAUGGAGCUGACUCAUGGAGCAUUGAGUGAGGAUAAUUAUAUUAGCAACUUUGUCAGACCUUUGUAUGAAAAGUUUGACAGAUAUUGGAGGGAUUGUUGUGUGGUUUUAGCUAUGGCUGUAGCUAUGGACCCGAGAUUUAAGUUGAAGCUGGUAGAGUUCAGCUUUGCCAAAGUUUUCGGGGAAGAAGCUGAAAUGUGGUUAAGAACUGUUGAUGAUGGUAUACAUGAAUUAUACUUUGAAUAUGUUGCACAGACCUUGCCUUUGCCAUCAAUUUAUGUAGAACAACGGUAUGAAGGAGGAUUCAUUAAAGCAGAGGCACAUCAAGAUGAAGAAGAAACCCUAAUUCCUACUGAUGGGUUGACAGAUUUUGAUGUGUAUAUUUCAGAGAUUUCAAGCAAUCAUCAGACAAAAUCAGAACUAGAUCAAUACCUUGAUGAGUCACUGUUACCAAGAGGAGGGUCUCAGGAGUUUGAUGUUCUUGAAUGGUGGAAGUUGAACAGAAUAAAAUACCCAACUCUCUCUAAAAUGGCUGCUGAUAUACUGUCACUACCGUUUGCUACAGUUUCUGGGGAUUCUGUGUUUGAUACUGUAAGCAAGAAGUUGGAUAGUAACAGGGGUUCUCUGAAACCAGGUACAUUAGAGGCUCUUGUUUGUGCAAAUAACUGGUUGCAGUUUGGAAUGCAGCAGAGUGCUGCACCCGUAUUAGAUGUGUCUAAUAUGUGUAUAAAGAUGGAAAACCAAAUAAGUUGAUCAAUGGUGCUCUAAAUUUAGGGAUUUCAGGGUGGCUUGCAACUGGUUGUGGGGCUUUGCUGUUGAUCCACUAAUUUUGUUUCCCCCAAUUUUGAAGAUAGUAGGAGUUUAACAUACUUUUUAGAGCAAGUAGGUCUGUGUAUCCUUGCAUAAUUCUUUCGUUUGAUUAGCAUUAUUACUUUUUUGGUUGACAGAGUUCUGUAAAGUUGCAUUAUUUAGAAAUCUAAAUAAUAAAAUUUCGGAGAA